UUAUUUUUCCUAUUUCUCUGCGGGUACGAUCUCCUGCUCUCGCACCUUUAUUCCUUAACCUGAAUUCAUCUUCUUCCUUAAUCCUUAAUCCUGGGUCAAUUUCAAUUCUCGCUUUUCUGGGUUCCAAUUAAAUUAAUUCCUCCCCUAAUUGACAAGAAACCAAUCGAGAAGAGCCCCAGUUUCGUUCAAUUCAUUUUUUUGGGCGAUCGAUUUUGCUUUUUUUUUUAUGGCGGGGUUUUGAGUUCUUAGUCGAAGAUCUUCUGUAUUCUGUAGUGGGGAGUUCACAAUUCGGGGGGCAACUAUAGCGCGUGUAUUUUACGUAAUCCUGAAACCAUGUCUAGCGCCGGUGAUGAGGAAAACGACGCCGUAUUGAGCGAUGUCGAGGCUGAUGAUCCGGUGCCUAUUGAUAUCAAAACCCCGGAGAAUAUAACCGUCGAGAAGUUCAGGGAGAUUCUGGCGGAGCUCGACCGUGAGAGAGCGGCUCGUGAGGCGGCGGAGAAUGGGAAGAACGAUCUCCAAGUUUCAUUUAAUCGGCUCAAAGUGCUGUGCCAUGAGGCGAUUAAGAAACGGGACGAGUGCACGCGCCAGCGCGACGAGGCGCUGCGCGGAAAGGAGGAGGUUUCGAAGAAAUUGGAGAGCGUCGGUGGGGAGUUGAGUGAGGAAAUUAAGUUGAAAGAGGAUGCAGUGAGGCAGAAGGACGAGGUUUUUAGGCAGCUAGAGGAGAUUCGGAAAGCGAGGGAGUCGACUAGGGUUGAAAUGGAGACGGGGUCUUCAAUGUUAGUGAGUGGGAUUGAGAAGAUUUCGAGAAAAGUGAGUAGUUACAAGGAUUUCGGAGGGAACGGUUUGCCGAAGUCUAGUAAGUACUCGGGAUUGCCUGCAGUGGCUUACGGUGUGAUUAAGAGGACAAACGAGAUCGUGGAGGAGCUUCUUAGACAGAUGGAAUCGAGCGUCAAGUCGAGGAACGAGGCUCGUGAGUUGGUUGACCAGAGGAAUUACGAGAUUGCCAUCGAGGUUUCGCAGCUCGAGGCCACGAUUAGUGGGCUGAGAGAUGAGGUGGCGAAGAAUGGCAAGGAAAUCGAGAGUUUGAAGCGGUCGUUGAACGAGAGUAAUGAGAAAUUAGCUGAAUUGGAAAGAGGGUCUUGUGAGAAGCAAGACGUAAUGGAGAGCGAACUUUCGAGGUUGAGGCUAACUGUGAGUGACUACGAGUCGAAGAUGGAGAUGCAAAGGCCCUUGUUGGUUGAUCAACUUAGUUAUGUGUCGAAAGUGCACGAAGAAAUGUGUGAAGUUAUGAAAAUCGUUGAUGUUAAUAAGUUCUCGGAAUUGUCGGAAUCUUUGUUCCUUGCUCAAGAAACGAAUAUGGAGGAAAAUAUUAAGGCGUCUUUAGCGGGAAUGGAGUCUCUGUAUGAGUUGAGUAAAAACGUUGUUGAAAAAAUAAGGAAUUUGGUGGAUGAGAGAAGUCAUGAAGUGAAACGGCUAAAUGAAACUGUUUCCCAAUUAACGAACGAGAAAGAACAAAUUGGGUCGUUAUUAAGAAGUACUUUGUCCCAACGAAUGUCGGUUGAUAUGUCGUCCAAGACCAAUAAAUUGUUUAAAGCUGCAGAAAAUGGUUUGAAAGAGGCUGGAAUCGAAUAUAAGUUUAGCAAAAUCGAGGCUUCUAAGGGAGAAGUGGGUUCUAAAGAGAGAGACGAAGACGAAGUAUAUGCUCUGGCAAGUGCGCUCGAGAACAUAAUUAAGCAGUCUCAGCUUGAGAUCAUCGAGCUAAAGCAUUCGGUGGAGGAACUAAGGGCAGAGUCAAAUUUAUAUAAGGAGCGAACGGAUGCUCAAGCUAAGGAACUUAAUCAGUGGAAACAACGUGUAGAAGAGCUCGAGGAGAAGGAAAGAGUGGCUAAUGAAAAUGUUGAAGGGCUUAUGAUGGAUAUUUCUGCUGCUGAAGAAGAAAUCAUGCGGUGGAAAGUAGCAGCGCAGCAAGAAGCUGAUGCGGGGAAAGCAGUUGAACAAGACUAUGUUGCACAGUUGGCAUCAGUAAGGCAGGAGCUUGAAGAAGCAAGGCAAGCUGUAAUGGAGUCGGAAAAGAAGCUGAAGUUCAAAGAAGAAACAGCAGAAGCUGCAAUGGGAGCAAGAGAUGCAGCCGAAAAGUCGUUGAGAUUAGCUGACAUGAGAUCUUCGAGGCUGAGGGAUCGAGUCGAAGAGUUGACUCGUCAACUCGACGAACUCGAUACACGCGAAUCAUCCUCAGCAACAACGAUAACAACUGCACUAAACAGGCAUAGGUACGUCUGUUGGCCUUGGCAGUGGCUUGGCUUGGAUUAUGUUGGCUCUCAACGCUCUGAAUUGCCUCAACAAACGGCCAACGAGAUGGAACUUUCCGAACCGCUUAUUUGAUUCUUUUUUAUUCCUCGAGUCUCUCUCUCUCUCUCUUUUUUUUUUUUUUUUUUUUUUUUUUGAGGUCUUGAAAAUCUGUACAACCAUAGUUAAUACCACAAUCGUUCCUCCCCGAGUCGGUUUAAAUUAGUUGUACAUUAUACCACCACCAUAUAAUCAUAUUCUUAGUUAAUUGUUCUGAGUGAGGAAAGGACUACACUUGAUGGGGUUUUGUACACAAGUUUUUGUUGUGGUUUUUUGCUUUAAUUGAUUUCUCAGUUUUACUAAAUUUAUGUUCAAAUACCAUUUGAAAUAUUUCCAAUGAUAAAUAAGAUCA